UUGCAACUUGAUAAAUCAGGAAAACAAAUGACGGUAGCGCUGUUGCGACACUAAUUUGAACUUGACUAGUUCGGAGACUAUUUUCUGAAUAGACGAUGGGCAGCCGAGUGGUCUUUUGUCUUUUGGAGACUGUUGGUUAUUUUUAUUUGAAAAAAUGCGUCUUAUCAUCGCAGCGGCUAUCUUAGCGGUGGCUCAGGCUAGGCCAGCCCUCAUCUACACACACCCACUCCUACCCCUGGGAGUGGAGUACGCCCAUACUUCAGUCCCAGCGGUGCGUCCACAUCCAGCGGUGGAACGGAACGCGGCCAGAGAGGCCCUCUUACCAAGGGAUUUACUAAAGUCCAACGAUUUUUACGAUAACCCAUCCAUUGCUGCCGGACUAGCUAAAGAAUCCUGGUUCACCAACAAAGAAAUGCAAGUAGUGGAACGGGAAGCUGAGAAAAUACCACGCGAGAGAAUCUACCAUAUCGUCAAGAGCGCUGGAUUUUUAGACUAGAUUCUAAUUUCAAAUGAAUAUUUUUUUAUUGUAAAAACGAAAAAUGACACCUAAUAUUAUUCAGACUUUAAUUUUAUGUAUUAUUUUUGUGUCUAAAAUUCUUUGUAAUUAUUAUUACUAUUUAACAGUAAUAUGGCAUGUCGUUAUGCGCAUGCGUGUGUAUGUGUCCAUACUAUUUAAAUAUUUUCUUUGCUGGACUCCACUUUGUAAUAUUUUUAGGUUAAUAUAUGAAGAAUACGUUUUGUUUGAAAGCAAAAUUAUGAAUGGUUGAUUAAGAUUAUAUUUAUCAAAAAAAAAACACUUGAAAAAAUGCACGUUUAAGAAUAGUUUAAGUUAUUAGAUUUUACUAUUUUCGUACAUACAUACAUCUAAGUAAUUAAUACAAUAUUAAGUUCACAAACUAUUUCAAUGCUGUAUAAUGUAUUUGUAGAGAAAAAUCGUCACCUUGUGUAUAAGUGUAAUAUAGUGUAAGUGAAUCUAAGUCAUAAGUUCGUCAAUAUUAAAGGUUAAUAAUAUAAUUUGUACAACUAUUUAAACUAUGCAUGCAAUGUAUUUAAUCUGUGGUAUUUAUGUAAAUAUUAGGAAAUUAUGCGCGUAAUUUCAACGAAACCGGUUAAACUAAGUUAUUAUAGCUACUAGUGGAUAUUUAUACUUGAAAUUAAGUUAUAAUUAAGUGCAAACUGUGAUCUCGGACAAUA